AUGAUCUCAUUCGCAGGCAAGCGCACUCCGCAGUUUGUCGAUUCGGACCCGCUUCUCUCGCGCCGUCGUGCUUGGCUUCCGUCGACUCAUCCCGGGUUCACAUCUUGUCUCAUAGUCAACCAUGUAAGUUUGAAGGCACUCGCAUUUGUCGGCCACGCCCCGGACGACUUUUUCCGCCCCUCGUUCCACGCUGCGCUCAACUCGGCCGAGGUCGACGGCGCCGCUUCUUGGCGAUGGCGUGCCCGAACGAAGCGCAAGCGCAAGCCGGCUGCUGGAUCGCGGAGCACGGAGAGACGGAGAGAUGGAGAGACGGAGAGACGGCCAGGAGACGGAGCUCGAUCACAGACCAGCCGACCCGUACAGUCCCACCUCCAACUCUGGCUGACCGUAUUCCUUGGGUUCGGCAGGUCAUCCUCCGUCCCCGUUUCCAAGAACAUCGUCUGGCAUGAAGGCGUGACGCAGGAGCAGCGCGAGCAGCUCGUCUCCCAAAAGGGGGUCACCAUUUGGUUCACCGGUCUUUCGGGUGAGUACUUCGUGUUUGAGCUACCUACUUGUGGCUAGAUACUGAGUUUCAAUCGUCCAAACCCCACCUGCUACGACGCCUCGCGACUUUUCCCCCACAACCCAGGCUCGGGCAAGUCGACCCUGGCCUGCGCUCUCGAGCUCGAGCUCUUGCAACGGCAAAAGAGGGCCUUCCGCCUGGAUGGCGACAACGUUCGUUUCGGACUCAACAAAGACCUGGGGUUCUCCCCCAAAGAUCGGGAGGAGAACAUCCGUCGUGUUGGAGAGGUCAGUGUCUCGCUCAGGAAUUUUUCGACCCCACUCGGUGUGGUCGGGGAUAGCGGCGGUCCAUUGGUGCUACCAUCGUUAACUGACGACCAUCUUCCAUUACAAAAUCUCGUUAGGUCGCCAAGUUGAUCGCAUCCUCCUGCACCGCGACCUUGACCGCCUUCAUCUCCCCCUACCUCGCGGACCGACAAUUGGCCCGCACGAUUCACGACGAAGCCAAGAUCCCCUUCAUCGAAGUCUACGUCGACGCCCCCUUGGAAGAAGUCGAGAAACGCGAUCCCAAAGGUCUGUACAAGAAGGCGCGUGCGGGGAUCAUCAAGGAGUUUACCGGCAUUUCGGCACCUUAUGAGGCACCGGAGAAGGCGGAGUUGCACAUCAAGACGGCCGAAUCGGAUAUCGAGGCCGGGGUGAAACAAAUCGUCGAGUACUUGGAGAAGAACAACUUCAUUUAG